ACUAACUCUUGUGAUCUCUUUCUCUACCGAAUCAAAGCUUAGAUAAGAAAAGAUGGUCAGAGUUAGUGUGCUGAAUGAUGCUCUCAAGAGCAUGUACAAUGCUGAAAAGAGGGGAAAGCGUCAGGUCAUGAUUAGACCUUCAUCAAAAGUCAUCAUCAAGUUCCUCAUUGUUAUGCAGAAGCAUGGUUACAUCGGAGAAUUUGAGUACGUCGACGAUCAUAGGUCCGGAAAGAUUGUUGUUGAACUGAAUGGAAGGCUAAACAAGUGUGGUGUCAUUAGUCCUCGCUUUGAUGUUGGAGUCAAGGAGAUUGAAGGAUGGACUGCUAGAUUGCUUCCUUCCCGACAGUUCGGGUACAUUGUGCUGACUACCUCAGCUGGUAUCAUGGACCACGAAGAGGCUAGGAGAAAGAAUGUUGGUGGAAAAGUUCUUGGUUUCUUUUAUUGAGUCAUGUUGGAAAGGAUGAAAACUUUGGUUUUGCUGUUUGUUGGCUCGUUGUAACCGACCUUUUUCUGUUUUUCUCGUUACCAUCAAAUUUAGUAGAGAUUUUAUUGAAAAUUUUGAGACAAUUAUCAGAUUUUGUUGAAAAA